UAUAUAAGAGCAUAUUUGACCAGUUUGGGUCUCUGAAAAUGCAUUAUAGGUGUUGUUUGUUGUAAAAGUAUUCGGUCUUCAAUUUUUCGGAGGUCAGUUUUAUAAGCUCUUUUAUGUUCAUGUUUAUAUAUAAAAACACAUGAAGAAAUGUUUCAUGAACUAGUAUGCCGGAAAGCUGGGUGAACAAAUCGUAAUAUUAGAAAGUGAUAGCAUUUGUCUUAUAGACUUCAAAAUGGCCAGUGUCUUAGUGUUUGUCCUGGCAACUCUUUUGUGCUUUGAUGUGUACAAUAUGGUGAAUGCAUGUUCCUGCCAACCUGAACACCCGCAAAAUUUGUAUUGUAAAUCAGAAUUCGUAAUAAAGGCUCUAGUUGGCAAAGCAAGAUUGGUUGAACUUGGAAAUGACGGAAAAUACAGAAGAAUUCACAAACAUAAACCCGAUAAAGAAGAUUCAAGUGAAAGUUCGGGGUUUGCUGAUAAAAUAAGCCAUGAAACCGAGGAGAAUUCUGAAGUAAGUACAGUAAAUAUACUGAACGAAGAUGCAAAUGAAGAAUCAGACCCGAUGUUAGUUGUUGAACGUGUGUUGCCUUACCCUUUGACUAACGAAAAAGAGGAUGAUACAGAACCUGCAGCUGGCAUAUCUUCUGCAGCUGCCUUCAAGAGACGUAGAAGGGCGCGUACACCAGUACCAUAUACCAAGAGAACCGCUAUCCGAUUGAAAAAUAGACUUCUAAGAAACUUCUUACGGCACAGAUAUUUACCACCUGGUGCUCCGUCAAGGCAAGCAACUCCAGAGAAAAAACUGAUGAUGCAAUACAAAAUAUCGAUUGUGAAGACAUUCAAAGGACUAGAAAACGUAACUAAACAGCAACGUGCUUACAUGUAUACACCACCUCGUCCACUAUGUAAUAUGAGACUGACAACAAGUAGAUCUCCAUUUCUUUUAAUGGGGAAUAUGCAGGACGGAGUGAUGGUUAUUCGGGAAUGUGAUUACAAGAUUGACUUGUCAAAGCUUUCUGAAGGAGCAUCUAAGAAUUUGAUCAGAAAUAUGAGAUUCAGAUUUGGAGAUGGUUGCAAAAGUUGUCAUAUAAAAGUUUGUAACAUGGGAGGCUGUGGACCACUUAGUGACAGACAACCAUUUCAAUGUAAAUGGAGAGAGUGGUGGACAGUACAAACUCCGGGUGCAAGUCAGUUUGCCUGCGUACGCGGCAAGUCGGGGAAAUGUCAUUGGUACAAUAGUGGAAACAAACAUGCCAAACAAAGUGACAUAACAUUGUCUUACUCUCGUUAGAUGGCAGCAUGGAGUACACGAAUCAAAAACAAAACAUUUGUAAACAAUAUAUCCACUACAAAUAAAGCAACAAACUUGUUUUCAGUAUUCAUUGAGCAUUCCUUUUUUCGUUUUCUUAUCUUAAAGUUAUAUACGCACCACGCAUAUACUGUUCUCGCACCAGUCAUCUUUUAUGAAUUUUUUCACACUUUCAUUUAAAACAAAGUUCCAAACCUCCAGCCAUUGAUAAGGAGGCUGUCAUGUGUUCACAGAAUGUGAAUGAUGAUUGGGCAACCUAGGCGAUGUGGUGCACACGGGUGUAGUGUUCAACAAAUAGUGCAAACCCAGAAUUACCAAAUAUUACUAUUUACACAAAGAGUUAUUUUUUAAUGAGAUCAUAUACGCAACAGUUGCUACUGUAAUCCAGCACCCAUUUUUGUUUGGUUCAAAAUAAUAAAUUGCUUUUCGCGAUACAGAUUAGACUACCAAGACCAAAAAAGAUGUGCUUUUUAUGCCUAUUAGCGCUUUCCAAAUGGUCCAUCGGGAAAUUAACAAGCCAAUUAUUUUGGAAUUGUCAAUUUAAAUUCAAUCUUGUCGCUACCGUUCAAUUUUAAUUAUGUUAUCAUUCUAAUGAUGGACAUUUUACGACCAAACAGGGGCCGGACAACUUUCCAAAAUAAAAAUGGUAGUUUAAUUUGGGUCAAGCGUGAUCACGCAUAUUGUCUAAUGGCACAGAGAAUUCAUCGGAAUGUGUAAAUAGGUUUUUAUCUUGAUUUUGCUUUGUUGAUUUGAUACAGUGUUUAAUAAAAACAACAGUUGUAAUAAAAUCACAAUGUAGAGAA